AUGGCCAACUUGGCGGAAAAUUUAAUCAUCGGCACUCUCUUAUGCUUACCAGUAAAAUCUAUUGCAAGAUUCAGGUGCGUAUCCAAAUCAUGGUAUGAUUUCCUAACUCAUGAAUUUGUUAAUAAGAAGCUUGAUCACGAUAUUAGAAAAGGAAAUUUCAAACUUCUUACAACACGUAAAGAACGCCAUCUUAAAUACAAGAUAAAAAUGAGAUCAUUGAUGUCUGAUAAGGUUGUAAAGAUGAGGUACCCAUUUAAUGAGCUGCUGGGUGAUAUUCAAAUUUUGGGUAGUUGUAAUGGUCUGAUUUGUGCAAAGAGAAUGAAUCACAUAAUCUAUGUAUGGAACCCUUGUUCUAAAGAGUACAAACUAAUACCACCAAAGAAACCUCAAUCGAACGGACCCUUGGCAGGAACUGAUCACAUUGCUUAUGGGUUUGGACCGUUUGGUCAUGAUUCAAAAACUAGUGAUUACAAGUUGUAG